AUGAUCCGCCGCCGCAAGUUCACCCCCGAACAAAAGGAAGCCCGUCGAGUGAAGAACCGCGAGGGCAUGCGGAAAAUCCGCCAGCGCCAGCGUCAAGAGUUGCUGGAGCUAAAAACCACCAUCGUCCAGCUCGAGACUCAGUACGAUGAACUGUGCCAGCAUGCUGGAAAGCAAACCGAACCACAAAAAGCAGCGUGGAGACGGCAGAUCCAACGCGCGUUGGAUUUCGAGUCGAGCAGUUUAGCAGCAGCUCAGCAGUUCAAGAAGGCAACGACCGUCGAGUUGGAUACAAUCGACGAAGCCCAGGCCGAAGAAGAGCUCGGGUUUCAUCCCUUGACCGAGUGGGAUCUCACUCGCGCCAUUCUCGCCAACAAGCGAGAGAUUUGCCGCGUUGAAAGUCGCCUGCAGCCAUCGACAGGUCUCUUAGCCGCGAGAAAUCAUCGCAUGCAAGCCUUCGGCUGGGACAUCGUGUAG